UUCUGCUAUUUCUUCUGUUUGGUUGAUGAGAAAAUGAAACCAGAAAGUCUUGUUGCCUCUGCUACCAUCAAUAUAGGCCUAGCCUUAGUGGGUCUCUGGUUAUUCUCCAUCUUAAAGAAGCAACCCUCUAAUGCUCCCAUCUACUACGCUCGUCUCCUCGCCAAACGACAGCCUUUGCCUGUACAUCACUCUUUCUCCUUUUCUCGUUUUCUCCCUUCUCUUUCUUGGAUCCCUCACGUCUUUCGUGUCUCCGACGAUCAAAUCCUCCAAUCCAACGGCCUUGAUGCCCUUGUCGUCAUCAGGCUCUUCAAGUUUGGUAUCAACUUCUUCACAGUUUGCUCUGUGGUUGGGUUAGUAAUACUUCUCCCAGUCAAUUAUUACGACCAGGAUGAGCAGGAUGGACAAUCUACAAGCGACCAUUAUUCACUGGAUCCUUAUGCAAUCUCAAACAUUGGCAGUGGGUCUAACAGGCUAUGGGUGCAUUUUGUAUGCCUGUGGUUUAUAUCUUUCUAUGGACUUUACCUACUGUAUAAGGAAUACAGUGAAAUUUUGGUUAAACGGAUUCAACAAUUUCAGAAACUCAAGCAGCGCCCUGAUCAGUUCACUGUUUUAGUUCGGCAAAUCCCUGUCUGUGAUGAACACAGGAGCCGUGGUUGUUGCGUUGAGCACUUCUUCUCUAAACAUCAUCCAUUCAGUUAUUAUUCUUAUCAAAUGUUAUACGAUGGGAGAGAAAUUGAAAAUCUUCUGAACCAAGCACGUGAUAUUGCAAACAGAAUAGAGAAUAUGAGAGAAAAAUCCAUGACCAAGAAACAUAAAAGGGAACCCUUGCUUUUGGAUGGAUCACGGCAAGAAGCUGCUAAAGUAGCCAUGUAUCAAGAAAAGCUUCAAGAACUUUUCCAUAAAAUUCAUCAGUUACAAGAGGAAAAUAUGCUUCAACAAAAGGAGUUACCUGUUGCUUUAGUAGCAUUCAAGUCCCGUUGGGGGACUGCACUUGCUGCGCAAACUCAGCAGCACCCACAUCCACUACAAUGGAUUGUUGAAAUGGCUCCUGAACCAAGAGAUGUAUCAUGGAGGAAUGUGGCAAUUCCACAUAGUUUUUUACCUCUUCACAAAAUUGGGGUCAUUCUUGCAGCAUCUCUUCUUACAAUUUUCUUUGCUGUCCCAGUCACAGCUGUUCAAGGAAUAGCAAAAUUUGAGAAGCUAAAGAAAUGGUUUCCCCCAGCCAUGGCUGUUCAGUUGAUACCAGGACUGAGGUCUAUCGUGACAGGUUACCUUCCAAGUGCCAUUCUGAAAGGAUUUAUGUAUAUUGUUCCCUUCGCUUUGCUUGCUAUGGCCAAAAUAGGCGGUUCUAUCUCAAAGAGCAAGGAGGAAAUUAAGGCGUGCAAUAUGGUUUUCUAUUUUCUAGUGGGAAAUGUAUUCUUUUUGAGCUUGAUAUCAGGAUCAUUACUUGAUGAAAUUGGAGAAUAUUUUACUCACCUUGGAGAUUUUCCUAGUCAUCUUGCUAGUGUGGUGUCCGCCCAAGCAGAUUUCUUCAUGACAUACAUCUUGACAGAUGGGCUAUCAGGAUUUUCUCUGGAGAUCUUACAGUUGGGGCUUCUUACAUGGGAUGUUAUAAAGUCAUGUACAUAUGGCCGAGGGAAGGAGAAAAAUCCUUAUCUUUAUUCUUUUCCCUACUUUAGGGUUAUUCCCACAGUCUCCCUGUCAAUACUGAUUGGCAUGGUGUAUGCAGUCAUUGCUCCAUUGUUGCUUCCGUUCCUUAUUGGCUACUUCUGCCUUGGCUAUGUCGUUUACAUCAAUCAGAUUCAAGACGUAUAUGAAACUAGUUAUGAGACAUGCGGUCGAUAUUGGCCAUUAAUUCAUCACUAUACCUUUGUUUCAAUCAUUCUCAUGCAAAUUAUUAUGAUUGGUCUCUUUGGACUGAAAUCGAAGCCAGCUGCUUCUAUAGCCACAAUACCGCUCUUAAUAAUCACCAUACUGUUCAAUGAAUACUGCAAGAUUCGUUUCCUUCCUACUUUUCGCCAUUUUCCUUUACAGACUGCUGUUGAAAUGGAUGAAGCUGAUGAAGAGCUGGAAUCCAACUAUAGAAAUGCAUUGAGUGCAUAUUGUCAACCUUGUUUAUUGCGUGGGAACAGCUUUAUCUCAUCUGAGCCAACCCUCAUCCAGCCAUUAAUUUCCUCAGUGUGAUUUUGUUAAGAACUCGUCCUGAAUUCUCUUCUCCAUUACUCUAAAAUUUUUUCUACUUUUUUUCUUUUUUCUUUUUCAAAGCAGGUAUAUUAUAUGGCUUACAUUUUUUUGAAUGUGAAUUAAGAUCAGUUUACAAAAAUCUCACUUGAUAGUAAAUGUUA